AUGCCCUUCGCCAAGCGCACCGUGGAGCCGCAGUGGCUGUGCCGGCGGCAGCCCGCCGCCUCGGCGCUGGAGGAGAGUUUGGGCGCGGAGCCGCCGCCGCGGGACCCGCCGCCGCCGCCGCCCGCGGAGCCGGGCGAGGGCGCGGAGGCCGGCGGCGCCGAGAAGGAGGCGGCGGCGGUGCUGAUGGUGCUGGACCUGUGCGCGGUCAGCAACGUGGCCCUGUCCCGGGUGCUCCGGCAGCUCUCCGACGUGGCCCGGCACGCCUGCACCCUCUUCCAGGAGGUGGAGGCGGACAUCCAGGGCGCCCACCGCCGCGCCCGGGCGCUGCACGGCCGCAUCGCCGCCCUCCAGGGCGCCGUGCGCGGCCUCGACCCCAAGCAGGAGGCAGUGCCUGUCUCCAACCUGGAUGCAGAGAGCAAACUGAGUGUCUACUACCGAGCACCUUGGCAUCAGCAAAGAAAUAUUUUCCUCCCCUCCACGAGGCCGCCGUGUGUGGAGGAGCUACACCACCACGCCAAGCAGAACCUGCGAGCCUUGCGCAGAGAGCAUCGAAAUCGAGGUGAUAACAGAGAGCAAAAAGUCCAAGGCUCCAUCUCUGUGGUGGCCCCCCCCUUUCCUCCCUUCCCUGCAAUCUGCAGUCAAAAGAGGCAAGCGGUAAAGGACCGGCACCUGCUACCAUUUAACAGCACCCGCUCGCCCUCCCCAAUUGAGUGUUGCCACAUGACCCCAUGGAGUAGAAAGUCCCAUCCACCCGAGGACGAAGAUACAGAUGUCAUGUUAGGGCAGAGGCCGAAAAAUCCAAUACAUAAUAUCCCUUCUACACUGGAUAAACAAACCAAUUGGAGUAAAGCACUACCUCUGCCAACUCCAGAGGAGAAAAUGAAACAAGAUGCCCAAGUGAUUUCUUCUUGCAUUAUCCCCAUCAAUGUCACUGGAGUUGGUUUUGACAGAGAGGCUAGUAUACGCUGCUCUCUUGUUCAUUCACAAUCUGUACUACAGCGGAGACGAAAGUUGAGGAGGAGGAAAACCAUCUCUGGCAUCCCCAGAAGAGUGCAACAAGAAAUAGAUUCUGAUGAGUCGCCGGUGGCAAGAGAACGCAAUGUGAUUGUGCAUGCAAACCCGGACUUCUCCAGCGCUGCCAACAGGAGGUCGGGCACGCGGGACUCGGAGUGUCAGACUGAGGAAAUCCUCAUUGCCGCUCCAUCCCGGAGACGGAUCCGAGCGCAGAGAGGGCAGAGUGUUGUCGCCUCCCUGUCACACUCUGCCGGCAACAUCUUGGUGCUAGCAGACAACGGAGGUGCCGUGUUUGCUACCGCAGUGAGCAACCGCAUCCGGUCACGGAGUCUUCCUCGCGAGGGUGCCAGAGCCAACGAAGGCGAGCAGGAUGCCGGUGCCAAAAGUUCGGUAUAUGAAGCAGAAUGCUUUCUAGCAAGCCAGGAAAGGAUCCCGAAGAAGGGGAAGGAUGUCAUGAACAAACAGAAUUCACAGGAACACCAGCCCAUAGGUUUAACGUGUCCCCAGCACUUGCAUAGCCCCGAUCACAGCAUCAGUGAGAGAGGGAGAUCACGACUGUCAAGGAUGGCAGAUUCGGGAAGCUGUGAGAUUUCAUCCAACUCGGAUACCUUUGGGAGCCCCAUCCACUCAAUCUCCACAGCAGGAGUCCUGCUCAGCAGCCACAUGGACCAGAAGGAUGACCACCAAUCUUCCAGUGGGAACUGGAGCGGGAGCAGCUCCACGUGUCCCUCUCAGACGUCCGAAACCAUUCCUCCUGCUGCCUCUCCUCCGCUGACGGGCUCUUCGCACUGUGACUCUGAGCUGUCGCUGAACACUGCUCCCAAUGCCAACGAGGACUCUAGUGUCUUCAUCACAGAGCAGUUUGGUGAUCACAUGGACAAGGUCAGAGGCCACAGGGCCAGCUCCUUCACCUCCACUGUGGCAGAUUUACUUGAUGACCCCAACAACAGCAACACUAGUGACAGUGAGUGGAACUACCUGCACCACCACCAUGACGCGUCCUGUCGCCAGGAUUUCAGCCCUGAGCGCCCAAAGGCUGACAGCCUGGGGUGCCCGAGUUUCACAAGCAUGGCCACUUAUGACAGCUUCCUAGAGAAGAGCCCAUCUGACAAGGCAGACACUAGCUCACACUUUUCCGUGGAUACUGAAGGAUACUAUACUUCCAUGCAUUUUGAUUGUGGUCUCAAGGGUAAUAAAAGUUACAUUUGCAACUAUGCAGCUGCAGGCUCUGAGAGUGGCCAGAACGUGAGCGUGACCUCCAGCCUCACUGACUGCGCCUGGCAGGAUUGCACGAACCACAGGAGGCAAGGAAGGCAGAGCAUCUCUCUGAAGAAACCAAAGGCAAAGCCAGCCCCACCAAAACGCAGCUCGUCUUUGAGGAAAUCUGAGAGCAGUACGGAUCUUCCUGAAAAGAAAGAACCAAAGAUAAGCAGUGGGCAGCAUGUGUCUCACACUUCCAGGGAAAUGAAGCUGCCACUUGAGUUUUCAAACACACCUUCCAGAGUGGAAAACUCUAAUCUGCCAACCAAACAGGAGCUCUCCUGGGUGAACCAGAAUGACAGCGGAUUAAAGGACACUCAGUUUGACACCACAGAUAUUCCAUCAUUUAAAGAUGAAGGUGCUGAACAAUCUCACUAUGCAGAUCUCUGGCUUCUAAAUGACUUGAAAUCUAAUGAUCCUUACAGGUCUUUAUCUAAUUCAAGCACUGCUACGGGUACUACAGUCAUAGAGUGCAUCAAAUCACCAGAGAGCUCUGAAUCCCAAACAUCUCAGUCUGGAUCAAGAGCUACCACCCCAUCCCUCCCAUCCGUCGAUAAUGAGUUUAAACUGGCCUCUCCAGAGAAGUUGGCAGGGUUAGCAUCACCCUCCAGUGGAUACUCCAGCCAGUCAGAAACGCCGACCUCUUCUUUUCCAACAGCUUUCUUUUCUGGGCCUUUGUCUCCUGGAGGUGGCAAGAGAAAGCCAAAAGUACCAGAAAGGAAGUCCUCACUGCAGCAGCCGCUGUCUAAAGAUGGCACUGUGUCUGCAAACAAAGACCUAGAGCUUCCCAUUAUACCUCCCACUCAUCUCGACCUAAGUGCUCUUCAUAACGUCUUGAAUAAACCGUUCACUCACAGGCACCAGUUGCAUGCUUUCAACCACAAUAAACAGAGCAUGAUAGGAGAAGCGCUGAAUCCCAAUCCUCCAUCUGCCCUUGCUAUCACACCUUCCGUUCUAAAAUCUGUUCACCUUAGAUCCAUUAAUAAGCCUGAAGAAGUGAAACAAAAAGCCAGUACUACAGACCUGCUCUGCGUACAAGAAACCACGCUAAUGGUGACUGAUGUUUCUCCAGGCAAAAUGAGGCCGCUCUUAGCGAAGAAACCAAUAUCACGUCAGUACUCCACUGAGGAGGCCAUAAUGUCUUAUAUUGACACUUCCCCAGCAGAAGCAGGCCCUGGAAAACCACCUUUAGAAAAAAGCUCCUCUUUCAGUGGACAGAAUAAUUGCGAGCAAGAAACUGUAACUGCAGCAAACGUGGGUCUGGUUGAAAUUAAACCCAUCAAAGACCAAAUGCACCUGGCUACUGAGCAUUUGCCAGAAAAUGCUCUAACUCAGACCUGUGCUAUUUCUACAGAAGGGUUUCAGAAAGGCUCAGCAGUCCCCCCAAAUGAUUACGAAGCAAAGAAAACUAAUCAAGGAGUAGAACAGGAAAGCAACCUUGACCAAGUGCAGAUUCAGCAAGAGUUCACUGGAGCCUGGGAACAAAAGUUGGAAUCUGAACCUGUGGGUGAAACCUCAUCUCAGUCUGAGGGAGCUGACAUUAGCGAUCAGCUUAAGAACCAACUUGAUUUAAGCCACCAUGUGCCUGGGAAUAUCAGCUACGAAUCAGAGACAGCAACAGUAAAUUCACUCAGUGAAAACAGUUCCAAGCAGGAAAAUGAUAUUGCAUCAGGUAUUCCGACCAAAAGUGCCUCUGAUAACAGCAGGGCAGAUGAGACACAGGGGACCGCAGAAGAGCCUUCACUGAAAGAAUCUUCUCCAAGCGACGAUUCUGUAAUUUCACCAUUGAGUGAAGAUUCUCAGGCUGAGGCAGAAGAUGUUUUUGUGUCUCCAAAUAAACCGCGCACUACUGAGGAUCUGUUUGCAGUCAUUCACAGAUCAAAAAGGAAAGUUCUUGGGAGAAAGGAUUCUGGAGACCUUUCUGUAAGAAACAGAUUGAGAGCUUCAUCUGGGAGCAGCAGCCAGCCACCUGCCAGCAGCACGUUGCCCGCUAGCACCGUGCCACCCCCCGGCAGCCUCGGUACUCCCAUAAGCAGCCAGAGGUCCCCCGGGCUUAUAUACAGGAAUGCCAAAAAGUCCAACACAUCUAACGAGGAGUUUAAACUGCUGCUCCUAAAGAAGGGCAGUCGGUCUGAUUCUAGCUACAGGAUGUCUGCCACAGAGAUCCUGAAAAGCCCCAUUUUGCCCAAGUCUCCCGGAGAGCUGUUAGUGGACGCCCCGCAAAACCCGGAUGAGUCGCCCCAAGCAGCCAGCCCCGAUGUGUCGUCCCCGCUUUCGCCGUGCUCCCCGAGGGUCAACGCAGAAGGAUUCUCCUCCAAGAGCUUUUCCAUGUCGGCGUCGUCCAGAGUGGGGCGCUCCCGGGCGCCGCCGGCAGCCAGCAGCAGUCGGUACAGCGUGCGCUGUCGGCUGUACAACGCGCCGAUGCAGGCCAUCUCCGAAGGGGAGACGGAGAACUCGGACGGCAGCCCUCACGACGACCGAUCUUCUCAGAGUUCAGCAUAGGCUGCGGGAGCUCCCGAGCCCCGCCGCCGACUGUGAGCGCGGCGAACGCUGAAACCGCUUUGGUUAUGUAAGGAUGUGAAUAUAAGAGGCCAACGCUGUAGCAGUCAAAAAAUAUAUAUAUAUUUGCAGGGCAAUAUCAAUGCUUAAAUGUGUUUGUGUUUUUAAGAUGCUGGGGAAACAGAGGACUAAAGCUGUAGCUAUUUAUUACUUUACAUUUUCUAAAAGUAGAAAGAUGCUAUGUCUAGUCUGUUUUCUUUUAGCUUCAUUUGAUUUAUCCCACUCUCAUUUCCGUCGUCACUGUAGAUUUCAAGGCUACUCACUUUUCAUAGAGUUAAAAGCAACUUUUUAUUUUUCCAGAAGCUGCCCAUCUAGAAACAAAUCCCUCACUGUAGUGCUUCCCUAGGGGGGGGGGGGGAAAGAAAAAGAAAAUGCUCUUGAGGAUUGGUAUUUUUCUACACUAAAAUGAGCUCAAACAAAAUUUAGAAGAAAUUAACAAAACAUAUGUAAAUACCAUAUUUUUGAUAAAAAUCUGUAAAUAGAAUUAUCAAAAAGUGGACAUGUGGCAAAUGAUUUACUGCAUAACAACUUUGUUUAUAAAAGACAAAAGAAGUCAAAUGUAAUAACUGUAUUCUGUGAAUACCAUUUUCAUAUCAAGCAUAAUACUUACAUGGCCACCAAUAACCACUUUCAGUGUGAUAAGCCUCAAAAGCGACAUUUAACAGUUGAAAGAAAUUCUCAACGUUAGGCUAACGAAAUGUAAAGGCUAAGAUCGGAUUAAAGUAACCAUUUGUCUUUUGAGUAUCGCUGCAGACGAGCCAACUGCAAAGUGCAGCGGUGAGUUUUAACACGGUAAUUGGUUGGGAAGGCAAGCAUGCUCCUGAUGAUAGAGCAAAAUCAUUUCUAACCCGGAGCCCCUAACAGUCCCAUGCGACAGUGUCCCUUAGGCCUCUAUUCUAAUACGGAUUGCUUUAGAAAGAAUAGAUAAGAAGAAAUAGUACUUAUUUUCAUAUUCUUACUAGGCUGUUGGGAUACAUGACACAGUCAUAACCUGGUAACUAUAACCGUUCAACAUGAUUACUUUCUGGUUCUUAAAGGAAACAAAUAAAUUAUAAGCAUGCAACAAGCGCUUUCAAUUUAUCAGUAAAUAUCUGCGAUGAGUUUUCAGUGAAGCUUUCUCUUUGUGCUGAUGAGAUUCAUGCUACCUAAAUAUUUACAAAAAUGACACUGUGAAAACGUAGCUGGGAGAUAGGUAUGUGUACGCAUUAUUUAUAUUCAUUGUUAAACUGGGAAGGGGAAAGCUCUGGUUUGUUAUGCCAGCCACCUACAGUUCGGAUUUUGUCUGGGUUUACCAGAAAUGAUAACAGGGUGGGGGA